CACACGGAGAACACGCACACAAACACAGGAUUAAAAACAAAGCAAAAGGUAUUGUGUAAACCAUAAAUAUCGUGUGGUGAAUGAAACAAAGAAACCAGUAAAAAAGGGAAAUAAAUGGACUAUUUCGAACUGGAAACGUUGGUUCUGACUUUUAUUCGGCAGCAAACAAGGUGUGCGUCAAUUACACCCACCAAGCGGAUCCUCAGAGGCUUAAAGCGUUGGCUUAGCCUCUACAUAUAGUCAAAAACUUGCCUUUUUUGGGGUAACACAAGAAGACAUUUUUUCGUUGCGUUUAUCGAACGCUGAGAGCGGCUGCUAACCUUCUACCGGACGCCGAGAGGAGGACAACAACACGCCGGCUGCUCAGCUGUUAGCAGCCACCUGACGCCGAGAGGAGGACGGCUACAACUGGUUUGCUCAUCUGCUGCACAGGAAGGCGACAGGAGCAACGCGCUGAAUGGUGCCGGGAAGCUUUUCGCCGCUUGGCACGGAACUACGUUCAUCUAAGGAGGUAUGUGUAGCGCGCUACAACCGGUUUAAAUGGCCAUAGGAAUUAAGUUGUGUGCACACAUAAGGGCGUAAUUCCAAUGCAUUGGUGGUGAAAGGGAUGAACAAUAAGCGCUUGUAUUGUACUGUGUGAUUUGUGACAAUCCGUUUGACUUUAAGACAUUCAAAUAUGGAGGAGCGCGCUGCGGACAUACCAGCAGCUGACGCGCUGCCAGCAGCUGGCAAGCUGGAUAGCGUGGCCAGCUGUAGUGAUGCACAAAGCAUUAAGCGGGCAGUUAAACUCUCUGCCAAAGCACUUGCGGAAAAACUUGAGAGGUUGCAAAAUGGCAGAAAGGCUAAGCUAAAUAAAGCUAGCAAAUUAAGAACAAAUAUAAAAGAUUUGAUGUUAAGUGGUGAACAUGCUAAGGUUCAAAAUGCUCUUGAUGGUUAUAUUGAAUUGUGUGUUGAAGCCAGGUCUAUGCAUGACACUUUAAUGGGUUUAUUGCCACAUGAUGAAAGGGAAAGACAUGAAACAUGGUUUAAAGCCAAAAUGAUGUUCAAUGAUGAAUUUAUUGUCCAAAUCAAGGUGUGGGUUUGUGAAACUGAAGGUACUGGUGAUAAUAAUGACGAUAUCAAUCCUGAUGACAGUGUUUCUGAUGUUGGUAAAUAUUCAAACAAAAGUGACAGCAGUACAAAGUCAAGUACAACUUCAUCUGCACAAAUUAUAGCAGCAGCAGAAAAGGCUGCAAUUGUUGCUCACAUGGCAGGUUUAACUGAGAGGCAUGCACUGGAGGAACAGGAGCUACAAUUAAAGCGGAAAAAGGAACAGCUUGAGUUGGAAACUGAGCUAGCUGUAUCUACUGCUAGGCUAGCAGUUUUACAGGGUUCACAUUCACGACGUUCCUCUCUUGCACCAACAAAUGGUAUGAACUCAUACCUGGAAAAGGAAAAAAGGAAACUGGCAUCGUUAAACAUACUUAACCCCCUGGCAAAGGAGUAUGAUUCCACAUCAUGGAAAAUAUCCUCCAGCAAACCAACAAAGAUGGACAUGGAACCAAAGCAAGCUGAAAGGCAGUUUGCAUUUAAGGAAGAUGCUUAUGUACAAAAUCAACAUUAUCUGGGAACAUCGAUAACUGGUGAAUCAACUGCAUGGGAAAGUCAACAGGAAAAUCACCAUCAGCAAAUCAAUCGAAUUCCACCUGAAGGUUUAUUCACGAUAAUGCAAAAGAAAAAUGAAAUAACAGCUGCACUGGUUCACCAGCUACGUUUACUGUCUCUACCAGCAAGAGACAUUCCUAUCUUUGAUGGAGACCUGUUUCAGUACAAGGCUUUUAUUAAAGCAUUUGAACAAGGAGUGGAAAACAAAGCCAGCAAAGCCGACUGCGUGUACUAUUUAGAACAGUUCACAAAAGGACAGCCACAGGAACUGGUUCGUAGCAGCACAUGGCUCCAGAACGUGGCUACAUUGUGGCAAAGGGUCUUUUGCAAGAACAUUUUGGGAAUGAGUACAAGAUCGCUGCUGCUUACAUAGGAAAGGCUCUAGCUUGGCCAACAAUAACAAAGGCAGAAGAUAUUAAAGCACUACAAGCCUAUGCUUUAUUUCUGCGUGGAUGUGCUAAUGUGAUGGAAGAACUUCAGUACAUGCAGGAGUUGGAUAUGCCCUCCAAUAUGAAAAUGGUUGUCUUCAAGUUGCCAUACAAACUAAGGGAACAAUGGAGAAACAAAGCUCAUAACAUCAUGGAAGCCUCAAACAACAGAGCUCAUUUCAUUGACUUGGUCAAAUUCAUUGAGAGACAUGUACGAGUCCUUUCUGAUCCGAUCUUUGGAGACAUCGAGGAUUCAGGACAUAAAUCAGUUGCUAUAAAAUCUUCCAACAUGUUUCAGCCACAAUCAAAGAACAGAAUGAAAGGAAGUAGUUUUGCCGCUACAGUAUUCCCAAUGAGUGAGGUCGGAAUUAAAACGACAAAUAACUCAAAACCACAGGAGAGCUUGGUGUGUCAUUGUUGUGAUCACAACACUCACGUUUUGGACAGAUGUAAGCAGUUCAGCGAAAGGAAACACAGAGACAAAAUUCAAUUUCUAAAGGAGAAAGGAAUUUGCUUUGGAUGCUUGUGUAUUGGACACAUAAACCGGGACUGUAAACAACGCUUGAUCUGUGAGACAUGUGGACGUACAGUGGCCGGAAAUGAUGGCUGCAUUCUUUCAAUUAUUCCAGUGCAGGUCAAGUCCACAAAGGGAAGUGAGAUUAUACAGACCUAUGCAUUUUUAGAUCCUGGAAGCACAGCCACAUUCUGCUCAGAAGAUCUCAUGCACAGAUUAAACAUCACAGGAAAAAUAACUAAUUUUCUUUUGAAGACUAUGGGACAGAAAAAGGUCGUUCCAGCUUACUCCUUAUUUGGGAUGGAGGUAUCUGGUCUUGAGGAAAAUAACUUUUAUCCUCUUCCAGAAGUCCUCACACAGAAGCAAAUGCCAGUAACCAAAGAACACAUUGCUACAGCCGCAGAUGUGAAGAGGUGGAAUCAUUUGUCAAAAGUUCAUAUCCCCAGCAUAAACGCCAAUGUUGACAUGUUGAUUGGAACCAACGCUCCCAAGAUAUUGGAACCUUGGGAAAUUGUCAACAGUUGUGGAAAUGGCCCAUACGCUAUAAGAACAGUGUUGGGAUUGGCCAUCAAUGGUCCUUUACAUGGAAGCAGCAAUGGCAGCGAUGUUGACAUGGAGCUUUCUUCUGUUGUGGUGAAUAGGAUUUCUAUUUCCAAAUUGGAGCUCAUGCUUAGCAGUCAGUAUAAUCAUGACUUUAAUGAAAAGCCCUCAGAGGAAAAAGAGAUGUCAAGGGAAGACCAACAAUUUAUGGAAAUCAUGAAUACGUCUGCAACACUACAGGACAACAGGUACAGCCUGAAGUUGCCCCUUAAGACACCUGGCGUCCUUCUUCCAAACAACUUUGCAGUGGCAAAGCAAAGGCUACUUGGAUUGAGGAAAAGAUUUGUGAGUAACCCAAUGUUGCAUAAGGAAUAUGCCAGCGUUUUGAAUGGAGUGAUUGAAAAGGGUUAUGCUGAACAGGUACCAACACAGCAGCACUAUGGCAGUGGAAAAUUAUGGUAUAUCCCACACCACAGUGUUUACCAUCCACGAAAAGGUUCUCUCCGAGUGGUGUUUGAUUGUGGUGCCACAUUUAAAGGAACAACAUUAAGCGAUGUACUUUAUCAAGGUCCCAAUCUCACCAGUUCACUGCUUGGAGUUUUCACUCGUUUCAGGCAGGAACCUGUAGCAUUCAUGGGCGACAUACAGGCUAUGUUUCACCAGGUCAAAGUCACAGAAGAAGACCGAGAUUUCCUUUGUUUGCUCUGGUGGCCAGAGGGAGACUUCACCAGAGAGAUCCAGGAAUACAGAAUGACGGUGCAUCUGUUUGGAGCUGUCUCUUCUCCCAGUUGCGCUAGCUAUGCGCUAAGGAAAACUGCUGACGACAACAAGUCUGACUUUUCGGCUGAGACUGUUGAAGCAGUUAAGCGAAAUUUCUAUGUGGAUGACUGUUUGAUGGGUUUGGGCUCAGAGAAGGCAGCAAUACAAAUGGUUGAAGAUCUUAAUGCUCUCUGUAAAAGAGGAGGUUUUGUGCUGGAAAAAUGGAUCAGCAAUAGUCGGGCAGUUGUGCAGACAAUCUCGGAAGAGCAGAAGGCUAAAGAGCUAAAGGACCUCGAUCUGGAUAGAGACAAUCUUCCUCUUGAGAGAGCUUUGGGACUACUCUGGUGCGUCAAGUCAGAUUCCUUUAAAUUCAAGAUGGAAGUGAAACAGCAGGCUCUAACCACAUGCUAG